AUGUCACUGAGGACAAGGCAGACUGUGGCGCUCUGCCUGCUGGCGCUCAUCCUUCAGUUCCUGCCUCAGUUCACUGCUUCCUCAGAGGUCACCACUCCUCCUGGUGAAGUCACCACUCCUCCAUCUGAAUUCACCACUCCUCCAUCUGAAGUCACCACUCCUCCUUCUGAAGUCACCACUCCUCCUGGCGAAGUCACCACUCCUCCAGGUGGAGUCACCACUCCUCCUGGUGAAGUCACCACUCCUCCUGGUGAAGGCACCACUCCUCCAUCUGUAAUCACCACUCCUCCUGGUGAAGUCACCACUCCUCCUGGUGAAGGCACAACUCCUCCAUCUGUAAUCACCACUCCUCCAGGCGAAGUCACCACUCCUCCAUCUGAAAUCACCACUCCUCCUGGUGAAUUCACCACUCCUCCUGGCGAAGUCACCACUCCUCCUGGCGAACUCACCACUCCUCCUGGCGAAGUCACCACUCCUCCAGGUGGAGUCACCACUCCUCCUGGUGAAGUCACCACUCUUCCUGGUGAAGUCACCACUCCUCCUGGCGAAGUCACUACUCCUCCAUCUGAAAUCACGACUCCUCCAUCUGAAAUCACCACUCCUCCUGGUGAUGGCACCACUCCUCCUGGUGAAGUCACCACUCCACCUGGCGAAGUCACAACUCCUCAUGGCGAAGUAACCACUCCUCCUUCUGAAGUCACCACUCCUCCUGGUGAAGUCACCACUCCUCCUGGCGAAGUCACCACUCCUCCUGUCACCACUCCUCCAUCUGAAAUCACCACUCCUCCUGGUGAUGUCACCACACCUCCUGGUGAAGUCACCACUCCUCCUGGUGAUGUCACCACUCCUCCUGGUGAAUUGACCACUCCUCCAUUUGAAGUCACCACUCCUCCAUCUGAAAUCACAACUCCUCCUGGUGAUGUCACCACUCCUCCUGGUGAAGUCACCACUCCACCUGGCGAAGUCACCACUCCUCCUGGCGAAGUCACUACUCCUCCUUCUGAAGUCAUCACUCCUCCUGGUGAAGUCACCAUUCCUCCUGGCGAAGUUACCACUCCUCCUGGUGAAGUAACCACUCCUCCAUCUGAAAUCACCACUCCUCCUGUGACCUGCCUGAAUGGAGGAUCCUGGACAGGGAAGGUCUGCCUUUGCCCCAAUGGCUUCUCGGGGGAUCGCUGUCAGGAUCCUGUUCCGAUUGUCAUCUGUCAGAAUGGAGGAAUAUGGGACGGCCUCAAAUGUCAGUGCACCAGCCUCUUCUACGGACCCCGUUGUGAGGAGGUAGUGGAGAGCAUCGAGAUAGAGCCCACAGUCUCUGCCACCGUGGAAGUGACUGUCAGAGUGACCAGCCAAGACUUCAGCAAUGAGCUAUAUGACAAGAAAUCCCCGAAAUUCCAAGAAUUCAAUAAGACAUUUUCAGAGCAGAUGGCGAUAAUUUAUGCUGGAAUUCCUGAGUAUGACGGGGUUGUCAUCAAAGAGCUGAAGAACGGCAGUAUCAUUGUGGAUUAUGAUGUCAUCCUGAAGGCCCAGUACACCCCAGACUAUAACGUCAUGUUUCAGGGCAUCAAAAAUGAUGUGCAGAAAAAAAUCAUAAAUGCAACCCAGGUUCAAGUAAGCGGUGCUGAUAAAAACUGUAUAGGGUUUAUGUUGUGCUUCAACGCAAACGACACUAAAGUGCAAAACAUUAACAUUUCAGAUGCCGUCACUCCUCAAGAGGAAUGCUGGGAGAAGGCUGGGGAAGAGUAUAAGCAGUAUGUCUUAGCGGAGAAAAAGGACGAAAAGUGGCACUGUAUCACGGCCUGCUCAACAGGGUACAAAUCCUCCUUGGACUGCCACUAUGGCAAGUGCCAGCUGCAGCGGAGUGGCCCCCAGUGUCUCUGCCUGACCACAGACACUCACUGGUACAGCGGAGAGACUUGUGACUGGGGUAUCCAGAAAAGCCUGGUCUACGGGCUCGUGGGAGCCGGGGUGGCCGUGCUGCUUGUGGUCCUCGUUAUCCUGGCCGUGUUCUCCUUCCGCUACAGGAGAGAGGCACAAAGGGAACAUUCCAGAGUGACUCAGAUGCAAAAGUGGAAUGAAGAGGAAGGCAGAACUCCUGGCGCCUUCAACAAUAUGGGUUUUGACCACAACGAAGAACGAGAAGACUACAUCAACUUGGGCUCCGUGUACAGCAACUUUGAUGCCUUGCGUAAUAUAAACCCUGACGAAAAGAUCCAGAUCCAGAGGCCCCAGGUCGUCAUGACGUCACUGUAA